GAGUUUGUUGUUACAGCUGACAGUCUCUUGAAGAGAAGGACUCUACUCAUUUAGGCUCUGGCAGAGUCUAAACAGAGAGCACUAUGGCUUUGGACUCAGACAACUUGGGCUUCUGUUUGGUGGACUAUGUGGUAUUUGCUGCUAUGCUGGGGGUUUCGGUGGCCAUCGGGCUAUUCCAGUCUCUGAGAAACACCCAGGGUCGCUCGAAUGUGGACAACUUCUUCACAGGGGGCAGGGGUUUCUCUGCUGUGCCGGUUGGACUGUCGCUCUGUGCCAGCUUUAUGUCAGCUGUCCAAGUGCUCGGUGUGCCAUCUGAGGCAUAUUUAUAUGGCUUUAAGUUUCUCUAUAUGUGCCUGGGACAAGCCCUCAACUCCCUCAUUACUGCAGUUGUGUUCGUUCCUGUGUUUUAUCGUCUCAAAAUCACCAGCGCACAUCAGUAUUUAGGAAUGAGGUUUGGAAGAGGGAUGCAGCUCUUGGGAAGUUUGCAGUUCAUUGUAGCCACACUUCUCUACACUGGAAUAGUGAUCUUUGCUCCUGCAGUCAUCUUGAAUCAGGCCACAGGCCUAAAUAUGUGGGCGUCUCUUUUCUCAACUGGACUCAUCUGCACAUUUUACACAACAGUGGGUGGUAUAAAGGCUGUAAUCUGGACAGAUGUUUUUCAGAUUGUAGUCAUGCUCUCUGGGUUCAUUGCAGUCUUCAUUCAGGGCACCGUAUUGGCAGGAGGGCCUGCCAGAGUUUUAGAGAUCGCCAACAAUGGAUCCCGCAUCAAUUUUAAUGAUUUUGCCAUAGACCCUCAGAGGCGGUACUCGUUCUGGAGUUUCACAGUGGGCGGCACAAUGGUCUGGUUAUCCAUGUAUGGAGCCAAUCAGGCCCAAGUACAGCGUUACAUAUCAUGCAGGACUGAGAAACAAGCCCAACUGGCGCUGCUGGUAAAUCAGGUGGGUCUGUGUCUGAUUGUGAGCAGUGCAGCCACCUGUGGCAUUGUGAUGUUUGCUUUAUACUCCAACUGUGACCCGCUGAAGACUGGCAGAAUAUCUGCACCUGACCAGUACAUGCCGUACUUGGUUUUGGACAUUUUCCGGAAUCAUCCAGGCUUCCCGGGUCUUUUUCUAGCCUGUGCCUACAGUGGAACUUUAAGUACUGUCUCUACCAGCAUUAACGCAAUGGCAGCUGUUACUAUGGAGGAUGUAAUGAAGCCGUGGCUAAUCACUGUUUCACAGAGAAAACAGCUCUUGCUCUCCAAAUCAUUAUCUCUGUUGUACGGGCUUGGCUGCAUUACAAUGGCUGCGCUCUCCUCCCUGCUGGACUGGGGAGUCCUUCAGGGUUCGUUCACAGUCAUGGGUGUAGUGAAUGGUCCACUUCUGGGAGCGUUUGUGCUGGGCAUGUUUGUUCCAGCCACAAAUAAACCGGGGGUUUUCUCAGGUGUGGCUGUGGGUUUUUGUCUGUCUCUAUGGCUCGCUGUUGGAAGCACAAUUUAUCCUCCUACACCACAAAUAAUGGGUGUUUUACCCACUAGUGCUGAUCACUGUCUAGCAACUAAUGCAACGCUCAACAGCACCACAGCAGUCACUAAAUCAUCUAUCUUGUUAUCAUCAGUCCCCCGGGAUUAUGGCUUUCAAAAUAUCUAUUCAAUAUCAUACCUGUACUUCGGAGCCCUGUCAACUAGUGCAGUCAUGCUAGUAGGUGUGGUGGUUAGCUACAUUACAGGACCCACCAAGAAGGAUUCUAUCAGUCCUGGUUUAUUACGGUGGAACUUGGAACAAAAAACCUGCGAACCGUCCUGUCAUAACUUGCCCUUCUAA